GUCCUUCUACACAUUCUUUAGCCUUGUCCCCCUUGAGCAUUUACCUCCGUGAACUACUGGUGAGAUUGUGGCUGAGAGUCAACCAUGAAGACCGUUUGUCUUUUCUUUGCUGUUGCCUUUCUGGUUUUCCAGGUCCAAGCAAGCUCAACUUUACCACCUGAGAAAGGAUCAGAAAAUCCUGGUGCUCCAAAUCCUUCUGACUACCGAGAAGAUGACCAUGGACUGGAGAAAAACUCAGCCCUUGCUUCACGAUUGACCACCUUUUCAUGCUUUGGUCCUUUUGGGUAUUGCCUUCCUCGGACCUGGUUGUGUCUCUCCGAAAGAGUGUUCAAAGAGGAAUUCAACGAUUGUCCAGUGCCUGAUGUCUUCAAGUGCUGUGUUUUCUGAAAAAUGGGACACACUUCUGUGAACCCCUCUCUGGAGACAACAGUCUCAACUAUGAAGAAGAAUUUUGAUUUGAUAAUCAGGAAAUUUGAUAAUGAAGAAGAGUGAUUUCUUCCGAUAUUCCACAUAAAUAAUCCUCUGUUAAUCAGCUCCACCACUUUCAUUAAAGCAUCUAUAAACUAAAA